AUGCCAAAAUCAAGCAAAUUGACACCGGAAAAACAGCCACCACCGCCGCCCGACGAUUAUAACGAUUUAAUCAGCGAACUGCAGCAAAGAAGCGGAAGAAGUCUUCAGAAAACGUUCAUCAAAAAGUUAUGGGCUGUACAUCAAGAUAUCGUUGCUUAUGUAAAUCCGUCCCAGCUUCGAUGGAUGUUUUUUUCGCCGGCACUGCUAGCGUGCCCAGAAGGUCUGUGAAUAACCGAACGAACUCGAGAAAUGUAAACGCCUUUCAGGUGUCAAACUUGUCGCCGCUAUUCUCGUCAAAAUCGGAGUGACUACGGGAUAUCGGUUGUUGGAAAAGCUCAUUAUGCAGUUUGAGCUGUCAGAGUAAGUAGCGAAUUCGAAAGAAACAUCAAGAAACGAGCACAUUUCAGUGGUGAUUGUCAGAGAUACGGAGAAGUCAUGACGGCGGCAUGGAAGACGGCGUAUCAGGAAGGAAACUUCGAUUUGACGGAGGAAUUGGAGACGGAAGUGAUCACUCCGAUCUGCCAGAGCGCCGUCUACGGACACAAGCCGUUUUGCGCGAAAUUUCGCAAAGUUCUGGUGUCGUUCGGCACCGAGAAAAAGCUAGAUAAAAACGUGGAUUCGAUGAUCACGCGGAUUCUGAACGGAUGCCUUUUCCGUGCCCUCGGCGCCCGAAACUGGAUUGUGCAGUCGUCCGCCGCCGAAGUGCUCUACAUGUUUUAUCCGCUCGUCGGAGAUGAUGCAGAAGACAUGGCAAAGAGCAUGGAGACUCAGCACAGGCACAUGGUCGAUUUGCUGCAAAGCGACGUCAUCUCGAUUCGAACAGACGCGGCGAAGAAUGUGUUGAAACUGAUGGGCGAGUACUGGCUCAUUCUUCCUAAAAAUGUGAUCAAGGAGAUAUUUGCAUUCGUCAUCGAAGAAUUGUCCAGAGAUACAGUGGUCGGAGUGCGUGUCGCCGUCUUUGAGGGACUCAGCGAGAUGGCUUUCGUUCCAGCAUGCAUGAACGUCUUCGCGCACGCUCUCAAGUGUGUUGCCUCCCGAGGAAUCCAAGACAAAUCGGAGCGUGUGCGGCUCGUUGCCUAUCAGCUUCUAGCCAGACUCAAAAACCACAAGUUCAUCAGCGUCUUCGACAUUAUUGACCGGAAAGAAGCUGUCGCCAAAAUGGACUUGGAAACUGUCGAAUCUUGCCGCCGUCAACUGGUUCCGAUCGUUCAUAUUCUGCUGCCGAUCUCAUCAAAAGAUCACGACGAGAACUACUACCGCCCACGCGUGAACGGCAUGCUAAAACAAAGCCGUCUCGCCCUACUCAGCUACUUCCGACUCCUUGGACCGAUGAAGAUCAUCGACGCAAGUCAGGCUGUCAAACUCAUGGAAAUGCUGUUAACCUGGAGUUAUCGGUACUUGAGAAGAUGGGAUAAAAAAGCGGCGCAGAAGGCGGAAGAGCCAAUGGACGAGAAGUCGGAGGAGUUCAUGAAGACGAGAGCGUAUCUGGAGUGUGCGCUCAUCAUCUACAUGUCUUGCAAAGGGGUUGGUUAUUGAAAAAUGCCAAUUAUUACUAAAACUUUCAUUUCAGAUGUUGCUACAAGAAGCGAAUCUUAAGGAGAGAUGCGAAAAGUAUUUUGUCAAAGUAGUCCGAUUGAUCUACGAGAAAUACUCGAACACUCCAAUCCUCGGCACCGCCACUGCCGUUUGCAGCGCCAUUUCCAAGGACGAACUCAAGCCGAUAGCGCAGGAUGUGCUUGCUCGUCUCGCCGACGACGACGUUCCCGUCGAAGCGGUCGAACCGUUCCUCGAGACAGCAAUCCAUUUCAAUCCAGAUUCGCUGUUCGAUUCGCUCGAAAAUGGGCUUCAAGUGCUCGAAGAUCUGUUCAAAGUGCCGGCGAAGGCAAAGACGAAGAAGAGGGACGUGGGAGUGCCGGAGGAAGUGCUCGCGACGACAUUGGUACGGCUCAAGUACCUACUGCAGAGCUAUAAUAUGUCGAGUUUGGUGUCGAUGCGGGAGACGUACAGAAUAAGGAUUCUGAAACUGUUAGCUGUAAGUUUAAGAGUUGCAUAUUCUGAAAAUCCGUGUUGCUUUCAGAAGGUCGAACCUGUUCGCGACGCGAUUGAAUCCCGCCUGGCGAAAGGAGACGGCGAAGAGCAGCCUCUGACGGACAAAACUCUUCUGACGGCGCUCGAGGUCCGCUUCAUCCUUCCGCUCUUCGCCGCCGUGAACACAAACGACGAUGAUCCGGACGAGCGGCAAAAGGCGAUCGAUUCGACGAAAGAUCUACUGACGUGGUUCGAGGAACGCAUCGCAGUCCGCAUGGGAGACGAGCAGUUCAUGGAGCGGCACCACGAGUUUUUCGUUCAGUUGACGAAGACGUUCCUCGAAACGAUGAAUGUGGUUAUGUCGGCGUUUGACUACACGACGCGGCCGUUGGAGUACGAGGACGAGGCGGAUCGUCCGGAAGAGUCGGAGAAGACAAAGUUGGAGAAUACGUCGGUCGCGCAAAUUGCUACGAGGUUAGAAAGAAUGACAGUCCUCUCAUACAAUUAUUUUUUUUUACUUGCAGAAUACUCGUUUCAAUGUGCACCAGCUCCGUUCCUGUCGAACUGUUCGUUUCAAUUCUCCACGUGGGCGCAACUCUCUGCGAGGAGUCGUACACCGAAUGUCAUUCGGAUCUGGCGAGCAUUCUCAGAUUCGUGCCCAAAUGGAUCAAUGCGCAGUGCAAAGACGAUGAGGAGUACGAGCUCGAGAAGAGCAAAGAGACACUCGAAGCGCUGCGACAAUUCCAGAAAAAAGUGCUGGAGACGGACUACUGGGAGCAGGAAUCGGCGGAGAAGUGCGCCUCGCACUUUGUCCUCUUCUCGGUGCAAUCGCUCGUCGAAGCGUCUCUUGGAGCCGAGUACGAGGAUCCGAGGCUCGAGGAGUAUACGCUGCCCACUUUCAUUUCGUUCGGGGUCAACAAGUUGGUACUGAAGGACAAGGCGAUGGCGGAGGACUAUCUCGCAGUGCUGGAGAAGGAUUUUAUGGCCGAGGGAUGCAAGUUCUUCCGGGGCCUCGAGGAUCCCGAAAAGAUCAACGUUCUGCUCGAGCGUUACACUCUCCUCGCCCAACUUCUCCGGAUUCUCGAACGCAAUUCAAAGUAUGGGCAGCAGAAAAUAGCGUCGGCUCUGAAAGAAGUCACCGCGAAGAUCCUUGAGCUGUUCACGAAGGACUUGGAGACGGUCGAGAAUCGCGUGGUAAACAGUCUGAACGCCAUUCUCGAUGUGCCAUUGCCAGACGGAUUCUAA